AUGAAAUUGUUCAUUGGAGUUUUCAUGAAUUUACUUUUACCGCGAAUAGCUUUUAGUGAGUUGAUGGAGCUAAAAUGUGAUGAAAUUAAGGCCAUUAGCUAUUAUGAAAGAUAUUAUGGAACAAAGUGCACGAUAAGUGACGUUUCCGCCGACAGCAGCUCGACUUUCGUCAUCCGAUCGGCUAAUAAUUUCGAAUAUAACAAAAUCAUUCAGGAAGUGGAGUUCAGUAAUUCAAAGCUAUACGAUAUGCCGCGUGAGAUUUUCGGAACGUUUCAAUUCUUAAAAAAAGUUCAAGCGAAUUCGUGUGGAAUUGAGGAUGUGAAUAAGUAUAACUUUAAUUAUGCUUCUGCUCUCCAGGAGUUAAGAAUGCGAUCAAAUAAGAUUAAAAAGUUACCCAACAGCGUUUUCUCUUCGAUCACGACACUCACCACUCUCGAUUUAAGUUCCAAUGAAAUCAAUGAAAUCGAGAAAAAUGCUUUUGUGAGUUUGGAGAGUUUAGAAUAUUUAACAUUGAGUAGUAACAAGUUGGUGGAAUUAGGCGAAGAUAUUUUUAAAGAUUUAACGGCAUUGAUUAGCAUUCGAAUAGAUAACAACAAACUUCAAAUAAUCGAAGAAAACUUGUUUGCAAAUUGUUUAAAUUUGAGUGAAAUUCGGAUCGAAGGCAAUGAAAUCGCCGUUAUUAAAGGCGAUGCCUUUGGCAAAUUAAAAGAUUUAAUACUGCUGAAUGUCGCCAGCAAUCGAUUACAUGAGAUUAACAUCAAGACGACAAACGUUGAACGUUUGUGGAUUCCCUACAACAAUCUGAAAUCGCUUGAUGUGAAUAAAAAUCUAAAGUUUCUCUACGCACCGUACAAUGAACUCGAAAUGAUAAAUUUCACCGGAAAUACCGAGAUGAUGGAAUUAAAACUGAGACAAAAUUCAAUCUCUGAUCUUUCAAAUAUCUCAUCAUUGACUGGACUUGAAGUUCUUGACUUGUCUUACAAUCCUCUAGGCCCUUUAAAAGUCUCAAGCUUCGCUCGAAUGCAUGACCUUAUCAAACUGAAUCUCGAGUUUACACAAAUUAAAAAAAACUCACUGACGUAUGGAACCUUCUCACACAACACUAAUUUAACGCAGUUGGACUUAUCAUACAAUCAAUUGCUGCAGAUCGAUUUCAACAUUUUCUCAUCACUCGCACAAUUGACGCACCUCAAAGUUGAUGGAAAUAAUUUAACUGAAAUACCAUUCGAAAAUAUUAAAGUUAAUUUUCCGAAGCUGUCGUUGAUCAGUUUGACUGAUAAUGACUGGAAUUGUUCGUACUUGUCAAACAUGAUAAAACAAUUGCGGGCAAUGAACGUGAUCGUUUAUGUUUUUACAAAAUAUCGUGUUUAUGAUGAAAUGAAUGUUGAUGGCAUUCGAUGCCACAAUAAUGCAACAAAGCAUGUUUAUUGGCGUUCACCAAUAGCACAUUUAGACGAUAACGAAGCUAAUUUGAGUGAAAAUGAUAUUCGCACUCCUGAAACUGAUUUAAAUGCUAAUCUAACAAAAAUUUGGGAUAAAAUUUCAGAGCUUCAAAUUAAAAUGUUUAAAAUGAAUCAAAAAAUCAAUAAUGUCAAUGAUGGAAAAAGUUUUGUUUAUAAUAAUCACGAGACACAAAUCCCCGAAUCUGUCGGCAAAAAUCUCAUUGUGCAGUCGGAAGUCAGUUCAAUUAAAGUCAUUUUAUAUCUCAUGUUCUUCAUCAUGAUGUUCUUCAUGUUUGUGACCAUUAUAAAAUUCGUUAAGUCUUAUGGAUCAUUGCAGAGAUUUUAUUAUCCAAAUGAAAGCUUUCGUCGAUCGACCGCAACAAUUCAAACCACAAUGGAGCAUGUCAUGUAA